AUGCGCAAACAACUUGAUCCUCGGAUCCCUAUCCUCGUCAAUAACAAUGUCAAGACAAACCACCGGUCAUUCAUAGUACUUGUAGGGGACAAGGGAAGAGAUCAAAUCGUAAAUCUUCAUUUUCUUUUGUCUCAAGCUCGAGUUUCUGCUCGUCCAUCUGUGCUAUGGUGUUAUAAGAAAGAUCUGGGGUUUACAACCCAUCGUAAAAAGCGGGAAGCCAGAAUCAAACGCGACGUCAAACGAGGAGUUAGGGAGCCAAAUGAACAAGAUCCUUUCGAAAUUUUCGUCACCGUUACGGAUAUCCGUUACACAUAUUAUAAGGAGUCACACAAGAUUCUUGGAAAUACCUAUGGCAUGUGUGUACUUCAAGACUUUGAAGCCGUAACACCGAAUCUUCUUGCGCGGACAAUCGAGACAGUAGAAGGAGGAGGUUUAGUGGUCCUGUUGUUGAAAACAAUGACAUCUCUGAGGCAGUUGUACGCCAUGACUAUGGACGUCCAUGCACGCUAUCGAACGUCAUCUCAUGAUUCUGUUGUCGCACGUUUCAACGAACGCUUCAUAUUGUCCUUAGGAUCGUGUGCGGACUGUUUGGUUCUCGACGAUGAGCUCAACGUACUUCCUAUAUCAAAAGCGAAAGAUAUAGUACCUAUCGAGGAGGAGCAUGGCAAGGGGAAGGCAGACUCUGAACUCAAGGAACUCAAGGAUAGCCUUGCGGAUACCAAGCCUAUAGGUGAACUGGUGAAGCUCGCCAAAACGAUUGACCAGGCCCAAGCUAUCCUCACUUUUGUUGAUGCUAUCGCGGAGAAGACAUUGUCCUCGACUGUCACCCUCACCGCCGCUCGUGGUCGUGGAAAGUCAGCUGCGCUCGGUCUUGCAAUAGCAGCCGCACUUGCACACGGUUACUCAAAUAUCUUCGUGACAAGUCCUAGUCCAGAGAAUCUGAAGACUCUCUUUGAGUUCAUUUUCAAGGGUAUGGACGCUCUUGGCUAUGAAGAACAUCUGGACUACGACAUAGCGCAGAGCACAAAUCCCGAUUUUAACAAAGCCAUUGUCCGAGUCAAUGUUUUCCGCCAACAUAGACAAACUAUCCAGUAUAUUCAACCUGAAGACGCUCAUGUCCUGGGCCAGGCUGAGCUAGUCAUCAUCGACGAAGCAGCUGCUAUUCCACUUCCUCUCGUGCGCAACCUCAUUGGCCCUUACCUCGUCUUCAUGGCUUCAACUAUCAAUGGCUAUGAAGGCACCGGUCGCUCCCUUUCUCUAAAACUCAUUCAACAACUACGAGAAAGCACUCGCUCUGCGCCCUCAAAAGCGAGGACACUUCGCGAAAUAAAACUUGAGACGCCUAUUCGUUACUCUGCUGGCGACAGGAUCGAGAAAUGGCUGAAUAGCCUCUUGUGUCUUGAUGCGACGAUUGUAUCUAAGGGAAGUCAACAGGGCUGCCCUCACCCAUCUACCUGUGAGCUCUACUACGUAAGUAGAGAUACGCUGUUCAGCUACAACCCCGCGUCGGAGGUUUUCUUGCAGCGUAUGAUGGCCCUCUAUGUUGCCAGCCAUUACAAGAAUCAACCGAACGACUUGCAGCUGAUGUCUGAUGCCCCUGCCCAUCAUCUUUUCGUAUUACUACCUCCCAUAAAAGAUGACGAGAGCCAUCUUCCAGAACCGUUAGUUGUCAUUCAAGUGGCGCUGGAAGGUAAUAUCAGUAAAGCAGCCAUCAUGGAUGGGCUGAGUCGAGGUCUGCGGGCUGGUGGAGAUAUGAUUCCAUGGCUAGUAUCGCAGCAGUUCCAGGAAAGUAAGUUUGCUCUGUUAUCUGGAGCUCGCGUCGUUCGUAUAGCAACGCACCCCGAUUAUGCCAAUAUGGGAUAUGGAUCUCGAGCCCUUAAAGCGUUGAACUCAUUCUACAGCGGGGAAUACUUUAACCUGGAUGAAACUACUCGGGCAGAACCAUCUUAUCCGGAUCCUGCUGCUAUAGAUUCUUCGACGGACUUGCAAUCAGAUCUCCCUACUAUCCGUGCUCCUACAGCGAUGCCCCCACUUCUUCAACGAUUAUCAGAGAAGAAACCUGAAACAUUGGAUUACCUUGGGGUCUCCUAUGGUCUGACGCCCCAGCUCCUACGAUUCUGGAAGAGAGCUGGCUAUGUACCAUUGUACGUACGCCAAACCACCAGCGAGCUAACAGGUGAACACACUUGUGUAAUGGUGCGCGGCCUGAACAGUUCUUCGGAGGGCGAAUUAGAGUGGAUGGGUGAAUUCGCAAAAGACUUCAGACGACGGUUCUUAUCACUCCUAUCAUUCAAAUUCCGCGAGUUUGGUUCCGUUACAGCCCUCAGCGUUUUGGAAGCUGCUAAUGCGGGUCUUAAGGUGCUUGAUGCGAACAAGUCUCGAGGACUUACAUCUUCAGAACUUUCAAUCAUCAUGACACCCUUUGAUCUAAAACGUCUAGAGUCAUAUGCAAACAAUAUGCUGGAUUAUCAUGUCAUAUUAGAUCUUCUACCUACAGCAGCAUCACUAUAUUUUGAAAAGCGACUAGGAGAUGAAGUCAGGCUUAGUGCAAUCCAAAGCUCUAUUCUUUUAGGAUUGGGCUUGCAAAGAAAAACUAUCGAGGAGGUCGAGACGGAAUUAUCACUACCAGUCUCUCAAGCGUUGGCCUUGUUUGUUAAAGUCAUCAGAAAAAUUAGCAAAAAUUUGAUUGACAUCCAAAAAGCCGCUAUCAGUGCCGAUAUACCAAAUGAGGCCUCGCUGAACGUAGCAAAUACAGACGGCGAACAAGGAGUGUCCGGGACUAACUGGAAGCCUGUCGAAACCACCCUAGAGGAUGAACUGGAGGAAGCGGGAGAUGAGGCUACAAAGGCGUUGCGAGAACAGCAGCGAGAGAUAAUCGACUCUCUUGAUCUUAGCAAGUAUGCAAUUAACGAGGCCUCUGCGGACUGGACUAUGGCGGAGGCACAGAUCACCAAACUAUCUAAGGGUAUCGAUGGAGCCACUGUGGUCAGCGUGAAAAGUGGUGGGCCAAAGACGGGGCAAAAAAGGAAAGCAGAUGUUGAAGAAGCCAAGGAGAAGAAAGGGACGAGACGGGGGAAGAAGGUGAAAAAGUGAUCGCCCCGAAAUGCUUACUUGCGUAGGUUAUUCAAGAUAUUUGGCUUUUGUGUCUCGGCUAGGAGAAAUUCUGGCGAGCGCACUCAUUUUCUGCAGGUUGUGCUCUUCGUGGUGGUUGCACGCUCUACAGCGCCCAUGGUGUAAGUGAGUCCAACGGUUGAACGGAAGAUAUAUACUGCAAUGAUCGAGAUAGUCGGGUGUGUGGACUAGAUAUAUUAUAUUCAUAUUUGAUGUCCGACGAAA